AGACGGGUAGUGCGCGGUUUCUGGUUAUGGUGUAAAAAUACACCAUACAAAAAUAGAUACACUAUAAUAUUAUAACCGAUUUCAACACCGCUCAAGUUAGCACAUUGUGCUAAAUGCUUCUCAGGUCUCCUGCGAAUACACUCCACCAACCAAUGCGUCUAAACCUGGUGUAAUUGUUUGCCGAAAAAAAGGUGGUGUCUGGGAUUAUGCAAGCACGAAAGACGUAAAAUUGCAAGAAUUCCCAAAAGACUAAUCAGGAAGAAACGAAUAAGCAUAGGUUAGUCAAUAAGUAAGACCCUUGAAAUAACCCACCCUAAGGAAAUGAAUAUACAAAAUCAUCGUCAGAGGAGACAGAACAAGACGAUUGACCUAAUCUGUCAGCUCUGUGAAACAUUGAGGAGCACAAAGUUCCUAUGAAGCUUUUUUACGACAAUGAAGAAGUCGUUCCUGUAAGCGAAUCAGGCAAAGAUAAAGCAGUUUUUAAUCUGCAUUCAGCCCCACACAUGGUGAGGACCAUAACGAUGGAGCAGGACUGUCAAGUCAGAAAACCCAGGCCUGCAGCUCAAUCCUCUGAUCCCAAUGUGACAAGCCCACACAAUCACCAUGACCUCACUGCCAGUGCAAAAGAGGAAGUGGGAAGGACCAAGGAGAACGGGGUGGAUUCCAGACACACAGACCAGAGCAAUACCCAAGAGAAGCCAGUCAUGAAAACUGAAGUGGAAACCUCCACAAAACUGUGCGGGUAUCUGAACAAACUGGGGGGGCCCUUGAAGGCUUGGAAAGCCCGCUGGUUUGUUUUCGAAGAGAAGAAGUGCCAACUGUACUACUACAGAAUGUCACAGGACGCCAAUCCCUUGGGAAGCAUUGACCUGGCUAACGCUACUUUUGGUUACCCGGCGGAGGCGGAGGAAGGGACCUUUGAGAUUCAAAUACCAGGACGGGUUGUUGUUCUCAAGGCAUUAAACAGCCAAGCCAUGCUGUAUUGGUUGCAGCAGCUGCAAAUGAAACGGUGGCAGCACAAUACCAGCCUGGUGAAAAUACCUGCAGAGCCCUCCACUACCUCCACACAGCCCUGCCAGCUGCCUUCUGCACCUGAGGAAGAAAGGACCGAGGACUUCCUCCCAGCAAUAAAGACCCCCAAGGGCCUGGUCGGAGAAGCAGCAGCCUAUCUGCCAGACCCCUGGCAACAAAAUGCACUGCAAAAGCUCUCCCUCAAGCACCCCAUCACAGAGAUACAGAACACAGUUCUCAAUAUCUGUGGAAACAAGCCAGCUCAGGAGCUGAGGCGGAGUGUGUUCAACUUUGACGAGAUUCGGCAGCCUCUGGACAGUCCCUGUGAGGAUCCUGUGACACUGGGGGAAACAACAGUGCCUCUGGCACCCAUAGCACCUACAGUCCUAUCAGCUCCUUCAGUUUCUUCAGUUACAAACGGGCCUGCUCAGGAAGCAAGGACUGGAGGGAAGAAUUCUCCGUCAAGUAGCAUGAAGAAGAGGGAGAAGAAAAUGACCAGUUCUCUACAGCCUUCUGGGGAGAAUGUGUCAGGAAAGGAGGGGAGCUCUGUUGACAAACGGUCCAGACUUCAGCACGAGGUGUUCACGCUUACUGAGGAGCUCAAAUCACAAAAGGAGCUGGUGCAACUCCUUCACAAGACCCUGGAGGCAGCACAGCUGGAGAAGAGGACCUGCAAACAGUUCCUGGCAGCAGCAGGGGAGCAGGAGCGGCUGGAGCUGGUGCGGCACAAAGAGAGGUGUAUCGCGGACCUGGACGGCCGCCUGGAGGCCCUGCUCAAAGACAAGGAGGAGCUGGAGCAGAGCCUGGCCAUGCGGGACUGCCAAGUGAAUGAGCUGCAGCAGCACGUGCAGCUCAUGAUGGAGAAGAACAACGCCAAGCAGGAAGUCAUCCUCAAGCUCUCCGAGCAGGUGGACUCCUGCAUGGCCGACCCCAAGCGUACCAUAUCCAACACCAUGGGCACAGAUACCUUCUGCAAGCUGCAGGAGAAGAUUGAGCAUCUUGAGGACGAUAUAGAGGCGCACAAGAUCCAAAACAAGUUCCUCAACUCUGAAAUCUACCAGCUUACUAAACUGUGGAGGAACAGUUCAGAACAGGAGAAGGGCCUCCUAGUGAAGUGUGCCUACCUGGAGGCUAAGAACUGCCAGAUUGAGAGCAAGUACCUGAUCGUGCUGCGCAGCCUGCAGGACAGCAAAGGGCUGGACAGCAGUCAGCAGGAGAUGGUGAAAAGGCUCAUUGAGGACUCGUUGCAGGGAGACGUUAAGGACGUGCUCAAACUCAACCCCGUCAGUGAAUAUGACGACUAUGGAUUCAAGACUAUUCCUGAUUACGAAGUAGAGGACAUGAAGCUCCUGGCCAAAAUCCAGGCCCUGGAGAUCCGUUCCAACAACCUGCGCAGCAACGAGAUGGUGGACAAGCCCUUGCGGACCAGGUGGGCUAACUACCUGGGCAACCGUCGCUUGGGCGAGCUGGCUCCCUCUCUGGAGCUGAAGGGCCUGAUCCGGUGUGGGAUCCCUGUGGAGUACCGGGAGCAGGUGUGGCGCUGGAUCGUGAGGACGCGGACGCAGGUCUAUAGGAAGCGGAAUCCCAAUCGCUACCAGGAGCUGACGAAGCACUGCGAGGUGUCGGAGCACCCGGCCUCGCGGCAGAUCAGGCUGGACCUGCACCGCACCCUCACCGGCAACAAGCACUUCUCCUCGCCCACCUCCAGCGCAGUCCAAAAGCUGCAGCGCAUUCUGCUAGCCUUCUCCUGGCAAAACCCCACCAUCGGCUACUGCCAGGGCCUCAACCGGUUGGCAGCUAUUGCACUUUUAGUCCUGAAGGAUGAAGAGGAUGCCUUCUGGUGCCUGGUGGCUGUUGUUGAAAUCAUAAUGCCACGAGACUACUACAGCAAAACCCUCACUGCCUCUCAGGCUGAUCAGAGAGUGUUCCGUGACUUUCUUGCUGAGAAGAUGCCUCGCCUGACGGCCCACUUCAAAGAGCACAGCAUCGACCACUCCCUCAUCACCUUCAACUGGUUCCUAGUGGUCUUCGUGGAAAGCCUGGUCAGCGACAUCCUGCUCAGAGUGUGGGACGCUUUCCUCUAUGAGGGAACAAAGGUGAUAUUUCGCUAUGCGCUGGCCCUCUUUAAGUACAAGGAGGAGGACAUUCUAAAGAUCCACGACAAUCUGGAGAUCUACCUGUACCUCCGUUUUUUCACCAAAACGAUCUCUGAUGGCAGGAAACUAAUGAACAUAGCGUUUAAUGAUAUGAACCCCUUCCCUAUGAAGCUGCUGAAGAACAGACGAGAGUUUCACAUGGAGAGGCUGACAGCCGAGCUGCAGGAGCUGGAGAGGAUACAGGAGGAGUUUGUGAAAGAACAACAAGUGGAGCGCAAAGACAAGGACCUGGACACUGCUGUCAGCGAAGACGAAGAAGAAAUAGACUGACACAUCACUGAUACUAGUUAAACUCAUUCGUUCACUUUAAUAUUACCUGCUGUGGAAUAGAUAUAUGUGUAUGUCACACAUACAUCUAGAAAACUGCUAUCCUCUGUCUGUUGUUAAGUACAUAGGUAUGUCACUUACAUUUUUACAUGUACAUACUGUUGACGUAGGUCAUGGUGGUCCACUUUCUUAAGUUACUGGCUCACACUUUGUAAUGGUGGGUGAUGUAUGUUAUUGAUAUAUGUUUUAGAGCCAACAAAUUAAGUUUACCAGACCUGCCAGAAUGCAGAAUAUUAAUGGAGGUAGGUGUGUUGGUAAUAUACACACACUUAUUCUGUGGAUGCUUGACUUCAAGUCCAGUUUAGGUCACAUGUGAAAGGAGUAUGCUGGUCCUAAGCCCCAAGUGGACAGACGUCCACAUCACAAAACCAACGCAGAGUGCAGCACAAUUCGCACCUAGCAGCCUCAAAAAGAGAGGUCAAAGGUGGAGGGGCAAACAUGUUUCUUAUCUCAUAAAACAGCCAUUUGCUAUAAUUGUCAUCUAUCUGUGUCUGAAUUUCUUCAAUCAGCAAUUCCAUUCCAUUCAGCUCCAUUUACUAAAUUAUUUCAUACUUUCCCAAGAAAACUAAAACUUGAACAUGAAUGUCUUGAAAUGUGAUUCAAGGCCAGGCUAACCAAUGUCAACUUCAAAUUUACCUGAACAAGUACAGAGAUUACCCAGGUACUUUUCAGAAUGGCAACCAGGUUCCAGAUUUUUUAGACGAGCCUACCUCUGAAAUAAACUUAUUUUAUUAUGGUGAGGUUGUUUGUUUAUAUUCCUGUACACUGCAUAGUUCAGUUAUUGCUAAGUUAAGUGAAAUAUGUUGCUUUGUUUAAUUAUGCUAAAUUGUAUGGCAAUCCUGCAUGUCUUGCAUGAAUUCCAUGCAGAUUGGUUGAUUUUGUAACACAGCAGGGGAUCACGUUUUAUUUAAGAGGUAGUUUUAAUUCACUCACCUCUGAUAAACCUAAUCUAAAUGACAAAAGCAAAAACACAAACAUUUUUUACUGAGCUUGAAAAGGAAAAAUUAGGAUGCAUACAAUGCUAUAUACACGUGUGUGUAUAAUAUAUUAAUAACGCUUGAAUUCAAUGUUUUUCCAAAUAUGUUUUUUUUUUUUUUCUUAGGGGUGCCAGACAUGUAACAACUGAGUGUCUACAGUUUUUAAAUACCAGUUGUUAAAUAAAUAAAAAUAUGGACGUUAAUGUGUCGAUAGUAGGGAUAGCUUUCUUUUGUGGAGCAUGGCUGCAUAAUGUCUCUUCAUCUGAUUUUUAAAAUAUGUUGAUUAUCUGGUCAAAGACUAACGACAUACAAACAUAUAAAAACAUUUAGAACAUUGUGUACUGUAUUUGCAUAUUAAAAUACUUUAUUAGAUUGUUUUAUGUACGUGUAAUUGCACAAAAGGGAGAAUUAAAGGUGGGGUUAAAAAUUGACCAUUUACAUUUGAUAACAUUUCUAAUAUUUAGACGUUUAUUUUUGUACUGUUGUUUUAUAAUGUGAUGGCAAUCUGAGUCAAAGAGUCUCCCAAAGUGGACUUUUAUUUUAGGAAAGUCUAUUACUGCACAAGCAUUUGUAUCUUACCAAAGUCACUUUCCUUACAAGAUUAAACUGUGAAACCCAGAACAUACUUUACCUGGCUGAGAUGUGCCUUUUUCAAAGCAUGUUCUCUGCUGUAUAAUGUAACAGAACUUGUUUUGUCUGAUGAAAUUGUAUGAAUUUUUGCAUCCUUUGUGUAAGGUAUUUGAACUGAAUAAACACCCAAUGCUAGUACUGUAUUAUCAUUUUGUGUUUUAGAUUUAUUAAACAAAACCUUAUUAUACUGAAAA